AUGAGCACAGAUGGGGAAAUGGCAAUCUUUGGGCCUGCUGCCCAAUUCCUCCGUAAGUCUGAGAAGGAGAGGACAGAGGCUCAGGCUCGUCCGUUUGACAGCAAGACGGCAUGCUUCGUCAGUGAUGAGAAAGAGCUCUAUGUCAAGGCUGAGAUCCAGGACAGUGUGGACGGCAAAGUCACAGUCAAGUCCGUGGACGACAGAAUUUUAACCAUCAGGGAGGACCAAGUGUUUCCCAUGAACCCCCCAAAGUUUGAUAAGAUUGAGGACAUGGUGAUGAUGACGCACCUCCAUGAGCCUGCAGUGCUGUUUAACCUCAAGGAACGCUACGCAGCAUGGAUGAUCUAUACCUACUCUGGACUCUUCUGUGUGACUGUAAACCCUUACAAAUGGCUGCCGGUCUAUAACCCAGAGGUGGUCCAGGCCUACAGAGGGAAGAAGAGGAUGGAGGUUCCCCCUCACAUCUUUGCCCUGUCUGAUAACGCCUACCAGUUCAUGCUGACUGAUCGUGAAAAUCAGUCUAUACUUAUCACUGGAGAAUCAGGUGCAGGCAAGACUGUCAACACCAAACGUGUCAUUCAGUACUUUGCGACAAUCGCAGUGUCUGCAGACAAGAAGAAGGAGACCAGUACUAAAAUGAAGGGGACUCUGGAGGAUCAAAUCAUCCAAGCCAACCCACUGCUGGAGGCAUUUGGGAAUGCCAAGACUGUAAGGAAUGACAACUCCUCUCGCUUUGGUAAAUUCAUUCGAAUACACUUUGGCACGACUGGUAAACUGGCAUCUGCAGAUAUUGAAACAUAUCUGCUAGAGAAAUCAAGAGUGACAUUUCAGCUGUCGGCUGAGAGGAGUUAUCACAUCUUUUAUCAGCUUACUUGCAACAAGAAGCCUGAACUUAUUGAUCUGCUCCUCAUCACCACCAACCCCUACGACUUUGCCUUCAUCAGUCAAGGGGAAAUCAAUGUCAAAAGCAUAAACGAUGCAGAGGAGUUAAUGGCUACAGAUGAAGCCAUUGAUAUUCUGGGUUUCACUGCUGAAGAGAAAGCGUCCAUCUAUAAACUGACUGGCGCCGUGAUGCAUUAUGGGAACAUGAAGUUCAAGCAGAAACAGCGAGAGGAGCAGGCGGAGCCCGAUGGCACAGAGGAAGCUGAUAAAGCAGCAUAUCUGAUGGGCCUGAACUCUGCUGAUCUGCUGAAGAACCUCUGUUAUCCCAGAGUAAAGGUUGGAAAUGAGUAUGUCACCAAAGGACAAAAUGUGCAGCAGGUGUACAACUCCAUCGGUGCCCUCGCAAAGUCCGUCUAUGAGAAGAUGUUUUUGUGGAUGGUCAUACGAAUCAACCAGCAGCUCGAUACAAAACAACCCAGACAGCAUUUCAUUGGUGUUCUUGACAUCGCCGGCUUUGAGAUCUUUGACUACAACAGCAUGGAGCAACUCUGCAUUAAUUUCACUAAUGAGAAGCUGCAACAGUUUUUCAACCACCACAUGUUCGUACUGGAGCAAGAAGAAUACAAAAAGGAAGGAAUAGACUGGGAGUUCAUUGACUUUGGUAUGGACCUGGCAGCCUGCAUUGAGCUCAUUGAAAAGCCAAUGGGAAUCUUCUCCAUCCUCGAGGAGGAGUGCAUGUUCCCAAAAUCAACAGACACCUCGUUCAAGAACAAACUGUACGACCAGCACCUUGGCAAGAACAGCUGCUUCUUGAAGCCCAAACCAGUGAAAGGGAAGCCUGAGGCUCACUUCACCCUGGUGCACUAUGCCGGCACCGUGGACUACAACAUCACCGGCUGGCUGGAGAAGAACAAAGACCCGCUUAACGAGUCCGUUGUUCAGCUUUACCAGAAGUCAUCGGUCAAAACACUGUCCAUGUUCUACGCAAGCUUCUCUGGGUCGGAUGGAGCGAAGAAAGGAUCCAAGAAGAAAGGAGCAUCUUUCCAAACUGUGUCAGCUCUGUUCAGGGAGAACCUUGGGAAGCUCAUGACCAAUCUGAGAACAACUCAUCCUCACUUUGUGCGAUGCUUGAUACCAAAUGAGACAAAAACUCCAGGUGUUAUGGAAAACCACCUGGUUAUCCACCAGCUUCGCUGUAACGGCGUGCUGGAGGGCAUCCGGAUCUGUAGGAAAGGCUUUCCAAGCAGAAUUGUCUAUGGGGACUUCAAGCAGAGAUACAGGAUUCUUAAUGCCAGUGCUGUUCCUGAAGGACAGUUUAUGGACAACAAAAAAGCUGCAGAGAAACUGCUGGGCUCAAUCGACGUGGAUCACACUCAGUACAAGCUCGGACACACUAAGGUGUUUUUUAAAGCUGGUCUGCUGGGAGCUUUGGAGGAGAUGAGAGACGAGCGGUUAGCCCAGGUUGUGAUGUCCACUCAGGCUCUGUGUCGUGGAUACCUCGUCCGGCUGGAGUAUCAGAAGAUGAUGGCCAGAAAGGAGGCGAUCUACACGAUUCAGUAUAACUUCCGUUCUUUCAUGAACGUGAAACACUGGCCGUGGAUGAAGCUGUAUUUUAAGCUCAAACCUCUUCUGAAGAGCGCAGAGGCCGAGAAAGAAAUGGCCCAAAUGAAGGUGGAUUUCACGAAGCUCAAAGAAGAUCUGGCCAAGUCAGAAAACCGGAGGAGGGAGCUUGAAGAGAAAUUGGUCUCCGUCGUACAAGAGAAGAAUGAUCUACUACUUCAAGUCCAAGCAGAGGCAGACAACCUGCUGGAUGCAGAGGAGAGAUGUGAAGGACUCAUCAAAAGCAAGGUGCAGCUGGAAGCCAAGCUGAAGGAGGUGACGGAGAGACUGGAGGACGAGGAGGAGGUGAAUGCUGAGCUGACCGCCAAGAAGAGAAAACUGGAGGACGAGUGCUCAGAGCUGAAGAGAGACAUCGACGACUUAGAGCUCACCUUGGCCAAAGUGGAGAAGGAGAAACACGCUGUUGAAAACAAGGUGAAAAACUUGACUGAAGAAAUCAUGAGCCAAGACGAGAACAUCGCCAAACUGUCCAAGGAGAAGAGAGCGCUGCAGGAGGCUCAUCAGCAAACACUGGACGACCUGCAGUCAGAGGAGGACAAAAUCAACACUCUGACCAAAGCUAAGACCAAACUAGAACAGCAGGUAGAUGAGCUUGAGGGGUCACUGGAACAAGAGAAGAAGGUCCGGAUGGAUCUGGAGAGGGCCAAGAGGAAGCUGGAGGGCGAUGUGAAACUUGCUCACGAGUCCAUCAUGGAUCUGGAAAAUGAGAAGCAGCAGCUGGAUGAGAAGCUGAAGAAGAAAGACUUUGAGUUGUCACAGCUGCAGACGAAGAUAGAAGACGAACAAGCUCUUGGUACACAGCUGCAGAAGAAAAUCAAAGAGCUCCAGGCUCGAAUUGAGGAGCUGGAGGAAGAAAUGGAGUCAGAGCGUUCGGCUCGGGCCAAAGUGGAGAAACAGAGGUCUGAUCUGUCCAGGGAGCUGGAGGAGAUCAGUGAGAGGCUGGAGGAGGCCGGAGGAGCCACCGCCGCUCAGGUUGAGAUGAACAAGAAGCGGGAAGCCGAGUUCCUCAAACUGCGCAGAGAGCUGGAGGAGUGUUCCCUGCAGCACGACGCCACCUCGGCUGCCCUGCGCAAGAAACAUGCAGACAGCGUGGCUGAGCUUGGAGAACAGCUUGAUAACAUCCAGAGGGUCAGGCAGAAACUGGAGAAGGAGAAGAGCGAGUUAAAGCUGGAGAUGGAUGACUUAUCAAGCAAUAUGGAAACCAUGGCUAAAGCAAAGAUUCAUUUAGAGAAAAUGUGCCGCUCACUUGAAGAUCAACUGAAUGAGUUAAAAACCAAAGAGGAGGAACAUCAGAGACUCAUAAAUGACCUUUCAAGUCAGAAAGCUCGGCUGCAGACAGAAAAUGCUGAAAUGUCUCGCCAGCUUGAAGAAAAAGAAUCGUUAAUGUCACAGCUAACUCGGGGGAAGCAAGCCUUUAUGCAGCAGAUCGAGGAGCUGAAAAGACUCCACGAGGAGGGGGCGAAGGCUAAAAACGCCUUGGCUCACAGUUUGCAAUCAGCUCGACAUGACUGCGAGCUGCUCAGAGAGCAGUACGAGGAAGAGCAGGAGGCCAAAGGUGAGCUGCACCGCUGCCUGUCCAAGGCCAACAGCGAGGUGGCUCAGUGGAGAACCAAAUACGAGACCGACGCCAUCCAACGCACCGAAGAGCUCGAGGAGGCAAAGAAGAAGCUCGCUCUGCGUCUGCAGGACGCAGAAGAAGCUGUGGAGGCCGUUAACUCCAAGUGUUCCUCUCUUGAAAAGACAAAGCAGCGGCUGCAGGGAGAGGUGGAGGACUUGAUGAUGGAUGUCGAGAGGUCCAACGCUGCUGCUGCUGCCUUGGACAAGAAGCAGAGAAAUUUUGACAAGGUUGUGGCUGAGUGGAAACAGAAAUACGAGGAAGGUCAGUCAGAGCUGGAGUCAGCUCUGAAAGAGGUGCGCACUUUGGGCACUGAGAACUUCAAGAUGAAGAAUGCCUUUGAAGAAUGCCUGGAACAAGCGGAGACACUUAAACGCGAAAAUAAAAAUCUGCAACAGGAAAUCAUGGAUCUCACAGAACAGCUGGGAGAAACAGGAAAAACCAUCCAUGAGCUCGAGAAAUUAAAGAAACAGGCUGAGCAGGAGAAGUUGGAGGCUCAGACCGCUCUGGAGGAGGCAGAGGCCUCUGUGGAGCACGAGGAAUCCAAGAUCCUGCGAGUCCAGCUGGAGCUGAACCAGGUGAAGUCUGAGGUGGACAAGAAGGUAACAGAGAAGGACGAGGAGAUCGAGCAGCUGAAGAGAAACAGCCAACGAAUCAUUGACAACAUGCAAAGUAACCUGGACGCUGAGGUCCGGAGCAGGAACGACGCCCUGAGAGUGAAGAAGAAGAUGGAGGGAGACCUGAACGAGAUGGAGAUCCAGCUGAGCCAUGCUAACAGGCAGGCGGCCGAGGCCCAGAAACAACUGAGGAACAUACAAGUUCAGCUCAAGGAAGUUCAGAUUCAACUGGACGAUGUCCUUAGAAACAACGAUGACAUAAAAGAGCAGGUCGCCAUGUCUGAGCGCAGGAGUAACCUGGUGCAGGCUGAGAUGGAGGAAAUCAGAGCGACUCUGGAGCAAACCGAGAGGAGCCGCAAGUUAGCAGAGCAGGAGCUGCUGGAUGCCAGCGAGAGAGUCCAGCUGCUUCACUCACAGAACACCAGCCUGCUCAACAGUCGGAAGAAGUUGGAGGCUGAUCUGUCUCAGGUUCAGGCUGAGAUGGAUGAUAGUGUCCAAGCAGCCAGGAACGCUGAAGAGAAAGCCAAGAAGGCAAUCACUGAUGCUGCCAUGAUGGCGGAGGAGUUGAAGAAGGAGCAAGACACCAGCGCUCACCUGGAGAGGAUGAAGAAGAACCUGGAGGUGACGGUGAAGGACCUGCAGCAGCGUCUCAACGAGGCCGAGAACCUGGUCAUGAAGGGAGGAAAGAAGCAACUCCAAAAACUGGAAGCACGGGUGCGAGAACUUGAGAAUGAGCUUGAAGCAGAACAAAGACACGGGUCAGAUGCUGUGAAGGGUGUUCGCAAAUUCGAGCGCAGGAUUAAGGAGCUCACCUACCAGUCUGAUGAAGACAAGAAAAACACGGUGAGACUGCAGGAGCUGGUGGACAAACUCCAACUGAAGGUCAAAGCGUAUAAGAGGCAGGCUGAAGAAGCUGAAGAGCAGGCCAACACUCAUCUGACUAAGCUGAGGAAGGUGCAGCACGAGCUGGAGGAGGCUGAAGAGCGCGCCGACAUCGCUGAGUCCCAGAUCAAUAAGAUGAAAGUCAAGAGUCGCGACAUGGGCAAGGCAAAAGACAGCAGCGAGUAG